AUGCUCUUCAACAUCCUCCUCACCCUGUCCACUCUGACAGCUCUGAGCAGCAACGCCGCAGCUCAACUCCCCCUCGGCGGCCUCAAUGGCCUUAAUAGCCUCAAUGGCCUCGGCGGACUAGGCAAUCAAGGGGUCCCAUCCAGCCAAAUCCCAAGUCCAUCCAGCACGCGCAUCCCCACCCUGAUGAAGAUGCAAGCCACGCCAACCGCAUUCCCCUCCCAAACACCUAGCUUGUCCACCCCGGUGCCAAGCGCUAGCGCUAGCUCUGUUGGAUUGCAGAAUAGCUUGCCGCUGGGUAGCGUGUUGGGUGGGGCUCUUUAG